AAUCGUUAAAUCCAUUUAUUGGAUCAUCCGAAGCAAUCGGCGCAAUUAGCCUGACAAUCUGAUUUUGUUAUACCAAGAGGUUUGCUGACAAUGAAUAUUUUACCAAAGAAAAGAUGGCAUGUACGAACGAAGGAGAAUAUCGCUCGUGUACGGAAAGACGAAGCAAAAGCUGCGGAAGAAGAGAGGAUUAAAAAAGAACGAAUUCAGAAAGCAGAAACAGAAGCAAGAGUAGAUUUAUUAAGACAUCGAGCGAGAUCUACGUACGAUGGUCGGUCAACAACCGAAGGUUCUACUAGUAAGAAGUUAGAGCACGUCAACUUUUUUGCUGAGCUUGAAGAUGGAAAAAUUGAUUACAGUAGACCUAAUGCAGAACAUGAGAAGGAAAAGAAGGAAGAGAAAGAGAAAUAUGAAAAGCAGAUUGGAUAUUUGACGUAUCUAGGACAAGAUACUAACGAAGCAACUGGGAAAAAAAAUUGGUACGAAGAAUUACCAAAGAGAUUAACGGAUACAGAGAAAGACAUAGAGAUAGAAAUAAAGAAGAAAACCUUAAACGAUCCAAUGAUUGAUAUAAAGAAAUAUCUCAAGAUUAUGCAUUCUAAACCUGAAGAUCAUUUAAAAGUAAAAACGGAGAGCAUUAAAAGAAAGCAUCGUGAUUCUGAUAGUUCUCAUUCUGAUCAUGAAAGGCACAGUAUACACAAAAGAUAUAAAAAAGAUAAAAAACACAAAAAAUAUAAACAUUCAGAGAAGAAAGAAGAUGGAAGUCAGAGUAGUACAAAUAUAGAAAAAUUAAGAGCAGAGAGAUUACUCAGAGAGCAAAGUGAAAAACUAAGAACUGAAGCACUGUUGGCCAAAGUGAGAGGUGAACCUAUGCCUGUUGUAGCACCAGAAACUCCUAAACCUGCUAUAAAACAAAAAUAUAACUCGCAAUUCUUUCCUGAAAUUGCUAGACAAAAUGCAGAGAGAACUCCGAAACAUUCUAGACAAAAUAUAGCAAGUCCUUAAAAUAUAUCAUUUUUAUAUUUUUUU